AUGGCCAGCACUCCAGCGGACGCAGCAACCCUUUACGAAGAAAAACGCGAGGCACCAGGUUUACCGGGCCGUGAACAGGAAAAUAUUCCUCAAAAUGAAAUCGACGCUCAUCACGUAGACGUGGCCUCUGCCGAACGAACCUUCAAUGAGCUUUCGCGCACGAUGUCGAUACGGACGCAGGUGGAGAGGACGGGGGUGAUCAAGACGAAGUCCCAAGAGACGAUGUGGGGCGGGCAAGACGUCGAGAAGGCUAUCGAGGAAGGCGAGGAACCCUUCGAUCUGCGGGAGUACCUCUCGUCGUCCAACGAUGCUAAUCAGUCGGCUGGCAUCAAGCACAAGCACGUCGGAGUCACGUGGGACGACCUGGAAGUAAAGGUCAUUGGCGGUGCUGAUAUGAAGUUCUAUGCCCCCACUUUUGGAGGUGCUAUCCUUGGUUUCGUUCUUUCGCCGAUAUUUUGGGUGUGGAGCUUAUUGCGCCCGUUGUUCCCUUCUGCGCCUCCCCCGACACGUGCAAUCGUGCAAAAAUCUUCUGGUGUUCUCAAACCUGGGGAGAUGUGCCUCGUCCUCGGUUGCCCAGGUUCUGGUUGUACUUCGUUCCUCAAGGCUAUAGCGAACCAGCGUGAUGAAUUCUUCAGCGUAACUGGCGACGUCAGAUACGCCGGCAUGGAUGCCGCCGAGAUGGCCAAGUACUAUAAGGGUGAAGUCGUCUACAACCAAGAAGAUGACAUCCACAUUGCCACUCUUACGGUUGCUCAAACUCUUCAGUUCGCUCUGUCAAUGAAGUCUCCCGGUCCAAACGGUCGUCUACCCGGCGUUUCGCGUAAGGAGUUCGAUUCAGAAGUCCUCAAUAUGCUCCUUCGCAUGCUCAACAUUUCCCACACCUCGAAGACUCUCGUCGGCGAUGAAUUCGUCCGUGGUGUUAGUGGUGGCGAGCGUAAGCGUGUUAGUAUUGCUGAGAUGAUGGCUACCCGUGCGCGCGUGCAAUGUUGGGACAACUCUACUCGUGGUCUCGACGCUUCCACCGCCCUGGACUUUGCGAAGAGUUUACGCGUCAUGACUGACAUCCUGGGACAAACUACCUUCGUCACACUCUAUCAGGCCGGCGAAGGUAUCUACGAAUUGUUCGAUAAGGUCCUGGUCCUCGAUGAAGGUCGUCAGGUGUUCUAUGGUCCCCCCGCUGAAGCAAGAGCCUACUUUGAGAACCUCGGUUACAAACCCCUCCCGCGCCAAAGCACCGCUGACUAUCUUACCGGCUGCACUGACCGUAACGAACGCCAAUUCGCUCCAGGACGCUCGGCGAACGAUGUUCCUGCCUCCCCAGAAGCCCUUGAACACGCCUACCGCGCUUCAAAGUACGCUCAGGAAAUGGACCUCAGUCGCGAGAAGUACAAGGUCACAAUGGAGACCGAGAAGCAUGAUCAGGAAGCUUUCCGCCAGGCCGUUCUCGCCGACAAGAAGAAGGGCGUUUCGAAGAAGAGUCCUUACACUUUAGGCUUCUGGUCACAAGUUCGCGCUCUGACGAUUCGGCAAUUCCAACAACGGAUGCAAGACAAGUUCCAACUAUACACGAGUUUGUGCUUGUCUACGCUCCUCGCUCUGGUUAUUGGUGGCGCCUACUUCAACCAACCUUUGUCCUCGAAUGGCGCGUUCACCCGUGGCAGUGUAAUCUUCAUCGCCCUACUGGUAACCUGUCUCGAUGCCUUUGGAGAAAUCCCAAUGGCAAUGCUUGGCCGACCAAUUCUGCGUAAACAGACCAGUUACAGCAUGUAUCGCCCAGCUGUUGUACCGGUGGCGAACUUGUUCUCCGAUGUUCCCUUCUCCGCUGUCCGUGUAUUCCUCUUCAACAUUGUGGUGUAUUUCAUGUGCAACCUGGACCGUAAUGGCGGCGCAUUCUGGACUUUCCACCUGAUCAAUUAUUUGGCUUUCCUCGCGAUGCAAGGUUUCUUCCGCACAAUCGGAUUGCUUUGCACCAGUUUCGACUCGGCUUUCAGGCUCGCCGCUCUCUUCAUUCCCAACAUGGUUAUCUAUAGUGGAUACAUGAUUCCCGUCGACAGCAUGAAGCGCUGGCUAUUCUGGAUCUACUACAUCAACCCCGUCGCUUACGCAUGGGCUGCCGUGAUGGAGAAUGAGUUCAUGCGCAUUUCGUUCCCUUGUGAUGGCAACUCGGUGGUGCCGAGGAAUAUUCCGGGCUUCCUUUCCCAGUACCCGGAGGGCUUUGGUCCCAAUCAAGCUUGUACACUCGUUGGCUCUCAGCCAGGAAGUGACCUCAUCUCUGGUUCCCAGUAUAUCUCUAUUGGCUACGGGCUUAACGCGGCCGACUUAUGGAGACGCAACUUCUUGGUUCUUCUCGGCUUCUUCCUCGUGUUCAUUCUCAGUCAGAUCGUGGUGAUCGAAUACUUCCCCCGUCAUACCUUUUCUGUCGGCUUCAGCGUCUUCGCAAAGGAGGAUUCGGAGCUCAAGAAGCUAAACGAAAUCCAAGCAGCGAAGAAGGCAGAGAGGUUACAAAAGACCCAGGCUGAUCGCGAGCUCGAAGCCAAUGUUCCUGCUGUCCAGAAGCACCGUAAGACCUUUACUUGGGAGAAUCUCAACUACACCGUCCCCGUCCCUGGCGGUACCCGCCGCCUGUUGCACGAUGUCUUUGGUUACGUGAAGCCCGGAACUCUGACAGCUUUGAUGGGUGCCAGUGGCGCCGGCAAGACGACUUGUCUCGAUGUUCUCGCUCAACGCAAAAAUAUUGGUGUCAUCACUGGUGAUAUUUUGGUUGAAGGCCGUCCAUUGGACUCCGACUUCGCUCGUGGUACCGCCUACGCAGAGCAAAUGGACGUCCACGAAGGCACUGCUACAGUUCGCGAGGCUCUCCGCUUCUCGGCCUACCUCCGUCAACCCGCUUCUGUUCCCCAAGCUGAGAAGGACGCAUACGUCGAGGAAAUCAUUGAACUCCUGGAACUCCAGAAUCUCACGGAGGCCCUCAUCUUCACAUUAGGUGUAGAAGCCCGCAAGCGAGUUACCAUCGGUGUUGAGUUGGCGAGCAAGCCGGAACUUCUCUUAUUCUUGGACGAGCCGACGUCCGGUCUUGACGCACAAAGCGCUUGGAACUUGGUCCGAUUCUUGCGCAAACUAGCCGACCAGGGCCAAGCUAUCUUGUGUACCAUUCACCAGCCUUCUGCUCUGCUCUUCGAGUCCUUCGAUCGAUUGCUAUUGCUUGAACGUGGUGGUGAGACGGUUUACUUCGGCGACAUCGGACCUGACUCUCAGGUUAUUCGCGACUACUUUGCCCGAGAGGGUGCACCCUGCCCACCCAAUGCCAACCCCGCGGAAUUCAUGCUCGAGGCCAUUGGUGCCGGUGUUGCUGCUCGUAUCGGUGAUCGUGAUUGGAAGGACGUCUGGCUCGACUCGCCGGAAUGCCGAAUUGUUCGUCAGGAAAUUGAAGACAUCAAACGCGCGGGUCUUGCACGCCCUGUCGACGACCACAAGCUGACUUCGACUUAUGCGACUCCAUUCUGGUACCAACUCAAGGUUGUGGUUCAACGUAACAACCUUGCCCUUUGGCGUUCGCCCGAAUACAUUUUCAGUCGUCUCUUCGUCUGCGCCUUCGUUUCCUUCUUCGUUUCUCUCACCUUCCUCCAAUUGGGUACGAGUGUCCGGGAUCUGCAAUUCAGGGUUUUCGCUAUUUUCUGGACUACUCUUUUGCCUGCCCUGGUGAUGGCCCAAAUUGAGCCAAUGUUCAUCAUGAACCGAAGAAUUUUCAUUCGUGAGGCCUCGAGUCGCAUUUAUUCACCGUACGUUUUCGCCAUCGGCCAACUCGUUGGCGAGAUUCCCUACAACGCGCUCUGCGGUAUUGUGUACUGGGUCCUGAUGGUCUACCCCAUGGACUUUGGUCAAGGUUCCGCUGGUCUUAACGGCACUGGCUUCCAGCUUUUGGUCAUCAUCAUCAUGUUGCUCUUCGGUAUCUCCCUCGGUCAGCUCAUUGCUGCUAUCAGCCCUAGCGUCCAAGUCGCCGUGUUGUUCAACCCCUUCAUUGGUCUGUUCUUGUCGACGUUCUGCGGUGUCACAAUCCCCUACCCCACUAUGAUCUCGUUCUGGAGGUCGUGGGUGUAUGAAUUGGUCCCUUACACUCGCACUAUGGCUGCCACUGUCAGCACUGAACUACACGGUUUGAUGAUCACUUGCCGUCCUGAGGAGUUCGCUUUGUUCAGCCCUCCCUCCGGGCAGACUUGCGCCGCCUGGGCCAGUGCUUUCGUCUCCGUCGCCGGUGGAUACCUGGACAACCCAGACGACACUGCUGACUGCCGCUACUGUCAAUUCCGCGUCGGUGACCAAUUCUACGAGCCCUUGAACAUCAGCUACGGCAACCGCUGGCGAGAUGUAUGGGUAUUGUUUGCAUACUUCGUCUUCAAUGUCAUCGUUACCAUCAUUGCUUCUCGUUUCCUCCGCUACGCUAAACGAUAG